AGCCUCUACCUUCUGCCUUCUAAGUGGCUUACAAGAGGAAGGGCUAAAAUAAAUAUGAGAAAUAGGAAAUCCGCAGAAGCCAAUGCUUUUGAUAGUUACAUGGCCAUAUGUAAGAUGGUUUCAUUUCUCAUUAUUACAGAUGAGUUCACGUGUGGUUUUCCAAAAUCUUCUGCCAUUGACUCUUUUCUCCUGCUUUCAAGAAUUCUGAUGCCAGCAGCCCCUGCAGUAUUUUCCUGCUGGACAAGCAGGAACUCUUGUUGUCUUUGUCCCAUCUAGGAUUUUGGCCUCUUCCCUGGUACCCACCACCUUUCUUACCACAACACUCAGAAUCAACUUUUCGCAGUGCUGUCACUAAUUUUUCUGUAACUACUAUUGGUCCUAUGGUUUAAUGAAAACUAUUAAUUCCUUUUAGAUUGUAGUUGUUUUUAUUUAUGUGUAUCUAUGUAUGUGAACUUAUGUGUACCUGUGUCGUAGUGUCUCUGGAGGCCAGAAGAGGGCGUUACAUCUCUUUGAGCUGGAGUUGCAUCUCUUUGCAGGCCUCCUGAUAUAGAUGUUGCGGACCUGAACUCCAGUCCUCAACAUAAAUAAAACACAAAAGUAGCACAUAGUAUUUUGGGAGCUGAAUUCCAAUGGUCACUGAACAGAACAGUUUAAAGUUUUAAAGAGAAAAUCUUUGACCCAAAUAAAGAGGUUGUUCCAAUCCUUUGAAAUUCCCAUGGUUGGUUGGCAGUCAAAUGAAGAUUAGUGGCACCCCAUAUCCUUCAGUUACCUCACGUUGUUGAGCUCAUAAUGUCCCUAAUGUCCAUCACUCCCUGCUCAAACUUUUCCUUUUUGUCUUUCUGUUAAAGUCAAACAUUAUCACAAUUAAUAUUUAAAAAGGGAAUUUUUACUGGGAAUCAAUGAGACAGUUUGGCAUUGACCUUCAUUUUCUUUGGAAGAUGUUUAUUUUUCUUGUCAGCUGCAGGGGAAGAAACGUGCUGUGAAAACCUAUAGACCCCAGCUGUCAAGAGCAUUUGUCUGGGAUUAUUUUGAUGGUAUGCUGGUGAUUUUACCAAAGGCAUGUCCCACAAAUGAAGCUGUAGACAUGGGGGCCUCAUCUUCCUUGUGUGUGUGUGUGUGUGUGUGUGUGUAUGUGUAGAACAGUCAAAAUGAGGAGAAUAGUAAAAAUGAGUAAAAAAAAAAUAUAAAAAUUUAUGUACAGAUUUUCAUUAAGACAAAUGCUUGCAGAAGGUGUUGAUGGCCCAUCUGGCCCUGCUACUUCUGGGCUCGUCAGUAUUUCAGCAGAAGACAUUAUCCUUACAUCAGAAAUACCAUCUGCAGUGACAACAUGCAGUGAGACCAGGGACCCAUGCCCUUAUGCAGAUGUCAGGCCAUUAAGCAAACACCUCAACCUCAAUGCCAGGACUGUAGAGCACAAAGUUGUCUCUGAGUCCUGCAAACUGACCCCAGACAGAGUGAGGUUCACCCCAGGGGGAAGAUUCUAUACUAUGAAAUGCCUAACAGAGAGUUUAGCAGAAUCACAUCAAAACAGUCCAGCCGUGGUUAGGGUGGCUGCAACUGGAUUCUUUGGAGAACACUGUCUUUCCUUUUGCACUUAUCAUCAUCUUUGUGUUAAUGUUGGAAAGAAAAGAGUUUUGGCAAACUUUUGGUGUUAGUGACCUUUGAAAAUAUCUCUGGCCCAGUAGCUCUUCCUCAGGGGUUUAGAUAUGUAGGUGUUUGGUGUAGUGAUUUACCCCUGAAGCUGUAAGGGAGCUUUUCAUAUGGAUUUGAGAAGAUGCGAAUGAAGAUUUGCCAGGCAGAAAGAAAUAUGAUAAUAUCUCUGUGUGUACACAUGUGUGCAUGCAAAUUAUGUGGUUAUGAGUUAGGCCUACUUGUUGAAUUCAAGAGAAGGAUGGCUGGGAAUGGGGCUCAGAGUUCAUCUUUUUUACUGGUUUCAGCUAAGUGAAAAUGUACAGAGCUCAUGAUUUUGUAGAUUACAGGUAAGUCCUCUUCAAUUUUCAUAGUAAUUGGACAAUAUGAGGGUAAAUUAAAAUAAUACCUUGUUUCUCUUGUUGUCUUUAAAUCUCUUUUUUUCUUGUUCACUAUAAACAUUUAAAUAUCUAAC